AUGUACUCGUCACGUUUGCUUGCUGUUUUGGCCUUUGCGGCGUUGGCCACUGCCGCCACCACUUCCCCUGAGAGUCGUCCCUCCUCGGUCUCUGUAGCAGACCGCACGGUGAAGGAUGCCCAGGAGUGGUUGACAGUGUACCGCCCCAUCAUCUACCGUCCCAUCAUCUAUCGCCCCGUGUUCAACGCCCCCCCUGCAGUCGCGUUGCCUCCAGUUAUGCGACCUCGUUAUGGAAACGUCGUGGUGGAUCAUCCAGUGGUCCGCGUCGCGACUGUGGGCGAGGGUGCCAAGGCAGCGGAACAAGGUGCAAAGGCGCAGUCGAAUUAG